UUAAGUGUUUUACCCAAUGGUUGACUGGUAGAGAAUGCCUUAUUACGUUAAGUCCGCCAUUUGUGCUUAACAUUGUCAAUUAGUACAAAUACUGAUUGCUUGUAACUAAUAGAAAUAUUCGUUGUUUUUGAACGUUACUCUUUAAACGUCAAUGUCACUUGUCAUUGUCAGUGUGGUUACUGUGGUUGUGCUCUUUAUCACCUUCUAUUCUAAUGUUGAUGUUACAAAGUUUAUUUGUUCUUAGUUUAUUUAUUUAGCCAUUGUAUUAAAUUAAGGAUGGAAGUUGAAGAUAUUAUCAAGGGUUCGAGUUUUUCAAUGUUAAAAGGCAAACUUAGUGACCAAUUGUUAAAAAAUUUAAGCCUUAUGGGACAUGCAAAGCCAACUCGAAUUCAAGCGGAAUCUCUCCCGUGUAUUUUAUUAGCAAAGGAUAUUAUUGGCACAGCAAAAACUGGAAGUGGUAAAACCCUAGCUUUCUUAAUACCUGUGAUUGAAAGAUUAAUUAAUUUAGGAUUCUCCACCAAACAUGGCACAGGCUGCAUUAUCUUAACACCAACCAGGGAAUUAGCACUGCAAAUACAUCAUGUAUUGAAGAAAUUGCUUCUGAAUAUCAACCUAACAUGUUCCUUAAUUGUCGGGGGAGAGAAAAAAGCUAAAGAUUUAUUAGUUUUGAAAAAAGGAGUUAACAUAGUUGUGAGCACUCCUGGGCGUCUAUUUGACCAUCUACAAAAUACGGAAUGUUUUAAUGUAAAGAAUUUGAAAUGCCUAGUGGUAGAUGAGGCUGACAAACUGCUAGAAGCUGGCUUCGAAAAACACAUCACUGGGAUAGUUAAGCUGCUUCCAAGAAAUAGGCAAACUUUACUAUUCAGUGCUACUCUGGACAGCAAUGUGAAGAAUCUAGCAAGGUUAGCACUAAGGGAAGAUCCAGUCAUAAUAUCAACAAGUGACCAAUCACAGUCCACUGUCACUGGACUAAAGCAAGGGUAUUACAUAACUCCUGUAGAACAGAAGCUCUCUUGGCUGUACAAAAUGCUACGAAAAAGCAAGAAGUUGAAGGUCAUGGUGUUCUUUUCAUCAUGCAAGUCAGUAGACUUCCAUUACGAAUUCUUUAGGAAUCAUUGUAAAGCAUCAGUUUUAAGUAUACAUGGCCGACAAAGCCAAGCCAGAAGGAAGGAAGCAUACCAAAACUUUGUUGAAGCUUCGAGCGGAGCCCUAUUUUGCACUGACGUGGCGGCCAGAGGAUUGGAUAUACCGAGCGUCGAUUGGAUAGUACAGUAUGACCCUCCUACGGAUCCUAAGGAAUAUAUUCACAGGGUUGGCCGGACAGCGAGAGGCCUAAAUAACACCGGAAAUGCUGUAAUACUAUUAAGGCCAGAGGAAGAAGAAUUCAUACGCUUUUUAAAAACUGAAAAAGUAUACUUAGAUAAAUACAGUUUUGAGGACCCGUCCGAUGAUAUUCAGAGAAUGCUUGAAGAUUUGAUACUCAAGAAUGGCGUAAUGAAACUCUUGGCAAGAAAGGCAUAUCUAUCUUUCCUGAGGUGUUACAAAGCUCAUCCACUGAAGAACAUUUUCAACACCGAUACGUUGGAUAUCAACUUAGCUGCCAAAGCCUUUGGAUUUUUGGAAACACCACAUAACGACUUUUUAAAGAAACCAAAGAAGAAAUCCAAGAAGAAUACAACUUCAUGAAGACUGCAGUUUCCCGUAUUUACAACCACUUCGCUGUUAUCAUACAAGUAACAAGAUGUUGUUAUAAACACUGAACUUUAUCCGAGCAUUAACAGCAACACUGUUGACUGAGAUAAGGGAUAUCAAGUCAUAUGACCUAUGUCACAGAAAACAGGAAAAUGAUUUAUAGACUUCGUCAUAUCGAUUACUGUGGAUUGUUCUAUCAAGUGUAAUUUCUACUCAAUUGCAAAUAUUAUGACACAAAUUAAUUAUGAGCGAUAUUAGCUACGAUUGGCUUUUCGGUAAAGUUAAAAUCUAGAUAUAAAACAAUGGUAUAUGUGAGGUUCCUAACCGCGUUAGGUUAGACUAGUUUGAAAUGAGAGAUAUGUGCCUGUAUAUUGGAAUUGAUAACGAUCAAUAAUGUUGUCAAAAAGUAGGUAUAUUGUUCAUAUUGUAUAU